UUCAUUGGCCCGGGUGCACUACUUCAGAUCAUGCCACGUACCACCACAAAAUAAUUUCUCUUAUAUAAAGAGGCCAUUUAUCGGAAACAAAAGAAUCUCUAUGCCAUUCUCUCUCACCUUCUCAAGAUGAGAUGGCAAAGGUGAGAGCAGAGCCAAGGGACGAGACCGACGGAGUUGGAUUGAUCUAUAUCGCACAUAGCAGGGACGUCAAUAAGCAUGUAAACACCAGCACCCAUCUGUUGCUUGAUCUUAUUCUUGCUGGGAUCCUUACUGGUGGCGGUGUUGGGGUGGAGAGACCUGAGCCAAAAAAGAGAGAGCAUCCAUAUAUGACGCGAGAGAGAGCAUUCGAAGGGAUGCUUGAUUGUUUUUAAUGCGGUUGCUCAAUCGGGUUUGGUCUCUCGUUGGGCUAUUGAAAAUCUAAGAGAGGGGACGCACAAUCAACUAGACGAGCUUAAGAGUUGGUCAAUUUCAAAGAUUAACAGACAUCAAAAUGUUUGGACGGAUGUCUUUGUCAAAUGAGCCGCUACCUUGAGACUUUCAGGUAGCAUUCUCAGUCACCGAUCGACUUCCAGAGUCGCAAUAUUGGUUGUAUAGUGGGUGCGAUCCCCCAGCUCAUUGUUUUGGUCUGGCAUGGUGUGGUAUGUAGUUGGUGUUUCUUGUUUCUUUGUUUGCCAUAAAAAAAAGAAUGAAAAAAAGAAAAGAGAGAACAUUCAUAUGUCCGAUGGGGAUAGGUUUGUUUGUAUUGUUGUUCAGAGAAAGUAAAGAGAUGCUUCCUUUAAUUUGAAUGAUUCUUAAUGAUAAUACUAAAUAAUAUGAAGACAGGCAGGCAAGCCAGACGCUCUCUCUCUCUCUCGAAAGUCCAAAAGUUAUUGGCUUCCUUUUUUUUUUUUUUUUUUUUUUCUUGUUCUUUAAAUCGCGCGAACUCGAAUCGUUCUCGCGCGAUGAUCGCCAGUUGUAGUGGUGGCACGUCCAUUCUCGCGGGAUCCUUUGUUUGUUGUUGUUUGUUGACUAGGGUGGAUUCCAACUUCCACGUCCCCACCUUGUUUGUACGUCUGUUCUCGUGCGAUGAUCGCCAGUUGUAGUGGUGGCACGUCCGUUCUCGCGCGAGCCCGUUUGGUUAAUCUUGCCUUGCAGUUUGAGGAAGCCGAGCCAUUCACCAUGGUUUCCGAUGUCCUCCGCAACUGCCAAAAAUAAUUACAGCCCAGUUUUCCCCCCCCCCCCCCCCUCUAUAUAAUAACCUCGUUUUCAUUGCUCCGCUUCACUAUCACUUCACACCGACUGACACAUCGGUCUUUCUUGCCUAAAUUUGUCUUGAUCAAACUCUGCAAGGGGAAAUCAUGGCACCAAAGCAGGACAAGGUUUCCAUAAUCAAUCCCGUUGAGAAGAAGCCUCUCAGGUCAUCAUCGCGGACAAUCAUGGCACCAAAGAAGGACUAGGUUUACAGAAUCAAUCGUGUUGGGAAGAAGCCUCGCAGGUCACGGUCAUCUUCGUGUAAGAGGACUCUCGAGGCGGAAAUGGCGGAGAGGAAGCCUCAACGAACCUUUCUUAAGGUAAUUACUGUAUGAUUGACCAAGCAUUCGAAACCUCAUCGAUGAUGAUUUGAUUUGUGUACAAAACAGAAAAGAUGAUUGGCCUGAAACGCCUAAAACGGGGCGGGGAGAGCUGAGAGCAAGUUGUUGACAUCCAAAGAAUCUCUUCAUCAAGAGUGUCCUAGCUUGAAGUCUUCUCCUGCAAAUCUUAGUUGCAGGCUUCUCAAAACUAUCCUGCUGGAGUCCAACUCCUAUCCGAUUCACUCUAGCUAUUUGUUUCCUGACUUUUUUCUGUUUGCUGCUUAUUUCUUUAUAAAUACUAAACAUUUCUCUGAGUUCGUUUAUAUAUGUUAAGUUACGUGUUUCUGUUUCUUGAUAUUAUGGUUCUUUCAUGUCUCUCUUGUUGCUAAUUCGGAAACUGUACCAUGGCAUGGACCAAGUCUCUACUGCUUCGAGGAUUCAAGGAAGACCAACACAGCAGAAAGUAAUAAUGGGGACAUUGAACCUGAUUCAAGAUGAGAUUGAGGAGAUGAGAGCGAAGCUUAAAGAGUGCCAAGAGAUGAUACUGAAGGAGUUUGAUGAUCACAGAUCCGAUAACGCAAACAUGAGUGAGGUCCACAAGCAUGUGAUCACACUCAACAACCACACCCUCGAGUUGCUUAAACUUCUUGUUGAGAUCCUUACUGGAUUUGAUAACGCACACAUGAGUGAGGUCCAUAAGCAUGUGAUCACACUCAACAACCGCUCCCUCGAGUUGCUUAAUCUUCUUGCUAGAAUCCCUACUGGAUUUGAUAACGCACGCAUGAGUGAGGUCCAUAAGCAUGUGAUCACAAUCAACAACUGCACCCUCGAGUUGCUUAAUCUUCUUGCUAGGAUCCUUAUUGGCUCGGGACAAUAGCAUGGAACAGGUCUCAUGUGAUUCAAGCAACUCCUAAAUAACAUGUUACAUUCGUAAUAACAUUGUACUUUCAUAAUGUAAUGACUUUUCAGACUAUGCUAUAAUGAAUUUGAAUAUUUCUAUAUUAAA